AUGGACCCUGCACAGAUGGCUCGCCCGACUAUCAUGUAUUCUGGCUCGGGUCCUGAAUCUGGACCAUGGAACCCAAGACGGAGCCAUUUGCCGAACUCGAAUGCUCACGACUGGCCUCGCGAUGAAAUGUACUCGGCCUCGAGUAUGAACAACUAUGGCGCCGGAAAUACCUAUGCUCCUCGCACGGAAACGCCGUCCAUGGCCCUGCCCGGCUUCAUGCCACCACCACAGAGCGGAUUGAACACGAACGCUUUGCCCGCCUACGGGUCAUACCAAAGCUCCAAGGCUUCAUGGGAGGCGCAAGAGAGACAGUCCCCGACGGAGUCGGUGGAUGAUAUCCUGGCAUCACCGAAUCUCUCCGAGUACUCUCUGGAAAACGGAGGCGACAGCGCCUAUACCGGACGACGAGCCAAGCCCAAUACUGCGAACGCGGCGGCGAACCCCAGGACCCGACCUCAGCGGCGCCCCUCCAACCGUGACGAAUUCGACGGGCCUCAUCAAUUUCUCCAGCGCCCUCCCCCCGACGUCGUUGCGAUGCAGGAGCGCGAGCUGCCUCAUCUGCCGACGAAUCUGCAUGUCCAGGAGCAAGACAUGGUGCUAGGUCAGGUCAAUGAUCGCUUGUCUCAGUGCGCGUACGACUUUGUGGCCAAAUAUCAGUUCCCUAUUCCUCUAUCGCAGAAUAUGCGACCGGUAGAGCGGGCCCAGGAUCGAGAAUGGACCGAGUGGGUUUAUCUGCUCAAGAGGCUCGCAACCAAGCGAAGGAUUCCCGCCCGCGUCUUGUACAACGGUCAGAUCAAGCAAUUUGUGACCAUUUUGGAAAAUUCACUGGAAAUGAGACACGCUUCCAAACACCAAAGCCGACCGCUCAAGGACGAUAGGAACAUUUUGCAGCUCAUCUCGGCAGGCAUCCAGGUUGCCAAGAUUCUGCGGGAUGCCUCAGCAAUGGACUAUCUCGACCGACUGUACAUCUCUACCGAGAAGCAGAUUCAGGAUCGCACCUCGUCGAGAUUCCGAUCCUAA